GGUAGUGAUCAACCCAAACAGUAACUGUGGUAGUUGCAAGUUUUGUCAGAAAGGCCAACCACACUUCUGUAAGACUGGCGGCAUCCGUUCAAGUGUUGGAAUCUGGCUAAUGGAGGAUGGUCUCAGUAUUGCCGGGUUUCUGCAGAAGCUAUUCACCUUGUUCCACCUCUGAUACCUCUGCGACAGGCUGCUCUUUGUGAGCCGUUCUCUUGCAUCGCUCAUGGAUUUGACCUGUUAAUGCCAUUAACAACCUCAUCGGACAUUCUUAUCUGUGGUUCAGGAAUUAUUGGACUUUUAUUUGCCUGUUUACUUCACUUUCAUGGCUACAGGGAAGUUACUAUUAGUGAGGUCUCUGAGAGUCGGAGAAGCCUUGCAGCUGGACUAGACCUGGGCUACCAUGUUGUACAUCCAGAUGUUCUCGUGGAUAGGUGUAACGUUGCAAAACUUGAUGGCGAUGAUGGAUGGGGAUUUGAUGCUGUCAUUGACUGCACUGGUGUUCCGGCUGCAGUUGAACAAGCCAUAAAAUGGUUAUGUUGUGCUGGAAAGAUGAUUGUCUUUGGGUGCUGUCCGAAAAAUUCGUCAAUCAAAAUUGAUCCUCAUGAAGUUUAUGCUAAAGAAUUGAAAAUCAUCGGGGCACUUAUUAAUCCUUUUACUUUUCCUAAAGCUAUUCAGUUAGUGAAAGAUAUGUCUGAGAAGUACUUGAAAUAUGAUAAGCUAGGUAUUGCUGUUUUUGAUUUGCCAAGCUACCAGUCAGCUCUUGAUGCCUUGACUAGAGGUGAGAUUUCCAAAGCUGUAUUUCAGAUGUAAGAGAAUACACCAAGUACACCAUAAAUAAACAAAAAAUUAAUACACAUUGAAAUUUGAUCAUGACAUAAACUAAAUUUUGUUUUACAUGCAGUUUAUUUCUUACUCUUUAAAUCCUUAUGUCAAUUUGGUUUUAGAGUUGCUCCUGGCUUAAAGUCAUUGUUCCAGUAACAUAUUUUUUUAUCCUAAAAACAAUAUAAAUAAACAAAAUUAAAAUAGGUGGAUAAUU